CUCCAAGUAACAAAUUGUUUCUUCGUUCCAUGUUUUCUUUAAAGUUUCCAUGAUUCUUAUGUGCGGGUCAAGUAAUGCCGUAUGUUAUUGUUGACCACCGGGUCAACUUGUAGCAUAUUAGAUUAUUAGUAGAUAUAUGAUAUAUGAUCAUUUUUCACUUAGCACAUUCAUCGAACACUUGGUAGACGUUAUUCAACUACGUAGCAAUGGAGUAUUUCAACAAAGCCAAAUCCGUGAAGCUUCGGAGCCACCUCGGCAAGUACCUAAUCGCAGACGAGGACGGCGAAGGCCUCUACCAGAGCAGAAAAAGCUCGGCGAAGAACGCAAUAUGGGAGGUGGAGUUAGUAGAAGGGAAGAGCCACAGCAUUCGGCUCAAGAGCUGUCACGGUCUGUACCUGAAGGCAACGGACACAGCGUUCCUUCUAGGAAUGACCGGAAACCGGGCGGUGCAGUCGGAGAUGGACGCAGCAGGUUCGAGUUGGAAGUACGAGUGGGAGCCACGAAGGGAAGGGUUGAGUAACCACGUGAAGCUGAGGAGUUGGUGUGGGACCUACCUUAGGGGAAACGGUGGCACUCCGCCUUGGAGGAAUUCAGUUACGCACGACGAUCCUCAUAGUUCCACCACUCACUCUUGGAUCUUGUGGACUGUGGAGGUUGUUGACAACAUUAUAGUUGGAUCUUUUUCCAAAGAGAGAUAUGAUGAUGAUGCGGUUGUUUCUGUGGCGGCGCUUUCUGAUUCUUAUGUAAGAUCUCCGUCGUCGUUGCCGCUGUGUGAGGACCCCGCGGAGUUGCAGCUUACGAUGGACUUCUUCCACCGCGCCAAGGUGGUGCGUUUCCGCAGCCACCACGACAAGUACCUCACCGCCGACGACGAUGAAGAAUCCGUCGUCCAAGACCGCAACGGCGCCACCAAGAGCGCCAAGUGGCUCGUCGAAAUAGUUCCCGAAUACGACAACAUCGUACGCCUCAAAAGCUGCUACAACAAGUACCUCACGGCAUCAAACCAGCCCUUCCUCCUCGGCGUCACCGGCCGGAAGGUCCUCCAAACCCACCCCUCAAGACUUGACUCCUCCGUCGAAUGGGAACCCAUCAGAGACGGCGCCCAGGUCAAGCUCAAGACCCGUUACGGCAACUUCUUGCGGGCCAACGGUGGCUUGCCGCCGUGGAGGAACUCCGUUACACAUGAUAUUCCGCAUCGGACUUCCACUCAGGAUUGGGUCUUGUGGGAUGUUGAUGUGUUGGAGAUUCAUGUUGAUUAUGUUCCUCCGCCUCCUCCUCCUACUCACUCUGAUUCCCUCAAUUUUGAAUCGUCUACUCCUUCUGCUGUUGAUGCCAAAUCUGCUCAAUUUUCUAGGCAGGAGUCGUCGGAUUCAUAUGUGGGCUCGCCGCCGAAGAUGGAGGGGAGAACUAUAUACUACCAUGUUGCCGAGGAUGAUGGGGAAGUGGACGAUGAGAAUGUGCAGGGGUAUUCUCUGAUCUUCAAAGGGAACGGGGUGGAAGAAUUGACAAAGAAGUUCGAGGAGGAGACAGGGUUAGAGGGAGUUAUUGUGUGCAGUCGGAGUCCUUUGAAUGGGAAGCUUUAUCCUCUUCGAUUGCAGCUUCCUCCAAACAAUGUGAUGAUGCAGGUUGUUUUGGUUCUUCAAUCGUCAAAAGUUGCAAAAGACUUUGAGGCACAAGGUUUACUUUGAGUAGCGAGAUUUGUGGAGUCUUGAAUCAAUUACAUUAAUGCAAGGGGUAUGUACAUAGAGAUCCAAGCGGGUUCAAAUAUCAAUUAUACAUGUGAAAGCAUUUAAGAUGUUGCACUACUACACCAUCUUCAUUGCGUUGAAAAAGCACAAUUCAUUAAGGUCUUACCAACCUUCAAUGGAGGUGCCCUAAAUUUUGCAUUGGCUAGGAUCAUAUCAGCAUAUUGUCCCCUUCUUCUGGUAGUAGUUGUUUUUGGGCUUCCUAUGUAUUUGAGCUAUAGUUAUAACUUAGUCAAUUCUUCAUGUGCACUACUAUUGUUUCAUUUAUUUCAUUUCAUUUGUAUUGGGGUAAAUUUUCUUUGACUAUGCUAUUCUUAGGUGUAUCAGUGUUAGUGUAUCAGUAUGCCUUUGUAUAGAUUUUUUUUUUAUUUAUUUAUUACAAUACUUAUAAACA